UCCCUUGCCUCGAUUAAUAAUGGUAGCCAUAAUCUUGAAUGGUUUGAAAGCUGAUCUUUGUUUCUAGCUAGAACAAAGUAGCUAGCUAUAGCUGGAAAGAUGUUAUCCUUAUUAUUUUUUUCACUGCUACUAAAUGGUUCUCUGGCCUAUUUUGUAAAUAUCGAUGCACACGGGGAAGAAUGUUUUCAUGACAGAGUCAAUCCAGGAACUCGAAUGGCUUUAAUGUUUGAAGUUGCAGAUGGUGGAUUUCUUGAUAUUGAUGUCAAGAUAGUUGGUCCUGAUCAAAAGGUGAUCUACCAAGGUGAACGAGAGACAAGUGGAAAAUAUACAUUUGCAGCUCACAUGGAAGGUGUAUACAAUUAUUGCUUCAGCAACAAAAUGUCAACAAUGACUCCUAAAAUAGUGAAAUUUAGUAUGGAUAUUGGUGAGCCACCAAAAGAUACUAGCAAGGAAGAUGCAGAACAUCAUGAUAAACUAAAUGAUAUGAUCCAGCAAUUAACAUUAUCAUUGGCUGGUGUCAAACAUGAGCAAGAAUAUAUGGAAGUUCGUGAUCGUGUACAUAGAGCCAUUAAUGACAGUACCAACAGUCGUGUUGUGUGGUGGGCGUUUUUUGAAAGUUUGAUCCUUGUAUGUAUGACUUUGGGACAAGUCUAUUAUCUGAAGAGAUUCUUUGAAGUUAGAAGAGUUAUAUAGAAGCAUAAGAAGAGAUUAGAAUUUUUAUAUUGCUGUAAAUUGCGUAGAAGAUUUUGUGAGAAAGAAUUCAACCUAUCUAAAAAACAGCUUAAAAAAACAUUUCUUGAAAUUUUUUGUCUGGUUUGUAUACUGCUACAAAAUGGUAUAUGAGAGUUGGUUAUUAUUGUUGUAUUUUUCUUUAAUUUUUCUUUAAUGAUUUUACACGUUUUUUUACAAGAAAUACUUUUUGGGUUCAGUCUCGGUGCAUUUAACUUUUAUGAAGAUUUUUUGCAAAUUUCUGUUAUUUAAGAAGGAUCCCUGGCAAUAUAUUAAUUGACUCUUUGAAUUUUCUCUAUAUUCUGCGAGUUGAUAGUUGAAAGUACCUACAACCUCAGCCUCGUCUGAAAACUUUGUGUUUCUUAUAGAAAAUAGUGUAAUGUAAUAAUAAUUUCCCCUUUUUUUCCCUUUUUCAUGCUUUCUUACAGAAAUGAUGACAGUUUAUUUAUCAACUUUUAUUUCUGUGACAAACUAAAUGAUUGCAGUACGGUAAUAGUAAAUAUGUUUUUUGUUUGUGAAUAAAUAAAAAAAAAAGAUGUUUAAAAUUUUAAAGCAAAAGCUAUUCAGAAAAUAUCCAUCAUCAUUGCGAGGGUGAAUAUUUUCCGAAAAACUACAUGUAAACGCACAAUCACUCUGUGCCAAUAUGAACAUUCAUGCCGGCAUAAGUUAUAUGUUUUCUAUAUGAACAUAAAUAAUAUUAUCUUGAGACUUGCUCUAAAGAUAAUUAUUUUCUUGACGGAUAGACAAUGAGCGUCUUCG